ACAGCCCAUGUGACUCUGGGAGAUGCCCCCGGGGUAAGGACAGGAGAAAUAAAAGGGAAGGACCCACGGGGUGGACACCAGGACAGCACAGAGGGAGCAGAGACCAUGGAGUUCCCUUCUCUGCUUCUCUGCAAAGGGCUUCUGCUCACAGCCUCACUUUUAUACUGCUGGAGCUCACCCACGGUGGCACUGCAAACAUCUAAAGAAAUGCGCUUCUCGGCUGCUGAAGGGGCAAAGGCUCUUCUCUCUGUUCCUGACCAGGAAGAGGAUCUCCUCUCCUUUUCCUGGUACAAAGGGAAGGAUGUAAAUAAAAAUUUUACAAUUGCACAUUACAAAAAGUCCAGCGAUUCACUUCAGCUUGGAAAGAAUGUCAGCGGCAGGGAAGAAAUCUAUAAGGAUGGCUCCAUGAUGCUCCAGGCCGUCACCCAGGAAGACACGGGAUUCUACACUUUAGAAACCUUUAAAGCACACGAUCAACAGGAGAUAACAUAUGCCCAUCUCCAAGUAUACAAGAUUGUGACAAAGCCCUACCUCCAGCUCAACCACACUAGACUGCAAAGGAAGAGUGCCUCAAUUUUCACCUGCAUGUCGCCUGACACCGAAGUGGACAUCAAUUGGUUCUUCAAUUAUAAGCCCCUGAAUAUCACUGAGAGGAUCACACUGUCAGCUGAAAAGCGAGAGCUCACCAUAUCUCCUGUCUGGAGAGCAGAUGCAGGGAUCUAUCAGUGCGAAGUCUCCAACUCCUUUAGUUCCAAGAAGACUAAUCCACUCCUUAUGGUGUUGGCUUAUGGCUAAUGUCUCCAGAGCUUUGUGGUUUUUAUGUCACUAGUGUGCACAGUUUAUGAAAGUUAUAAGGAGGAAAUUAUUACUGCAGACAAGAGAGACAGUCAGCAUGGUGACAUACAUCUGCAACCCCCAAAUAAAACACAGGUCAGGAGGAAAGUGAGGGCACGGCCAGUCCAGUUACACAGUAUGACAAUGACUUUAAAAUAGGACCUCAAUAUAGGAGCAGAAUUGCAAAGGAGAGCCCAGGUUCUGAAUCACAAGUGCCGCCCCUCAGGAUCCAGAGGGAACUGCUCAGGUGCCUUACACUCUCAGGCAUGCUCAGAGUCCCCUGUUAAAAUGCUCCUGUGCCUGCAUAGAGCUAGCCACGGCUUCCCACAAGUGCAAAUCCUUCCUGGUGCCUAAGCCUUGUGCUGCCUGGUCCCCAUCUAUCCGUUUGAAGUUGGAAUAAUGGCAGGGAAUCAGACUGGAUAUGUUUCGCUGUAGAUACAUGUUUUUGGAGAGUUUUCAUCUGUGUAUUGUUUGAUGCUCAGAUGUAAAAUCCAUGAACAAAAAGGCCCCAUGUACUGA